CUUGAUCCAGGAUGCUGGACUCAGUGGUUUGACAGAGACAAUCCCAGUGGAACUGGAGACUGGGAAACACUGUCCAGUCUUCUUAAAGCGAAUCCAGGAAAGAUCUGCACUCAGCCAAUAGGUGUUGAGGCCAAAACUCUAUCUGGACUCACUGCAGCUGCAGCAGGGGAUGUGAUUUUUAAGAGUGACACUACUUCAGGAUUCAUCUGCAGAAAUAAGGACCAACCCAAGAAGAAGUGGUGCAAUGAUUAUCGUGUUCGUUUCAGCUGCCCCCCCUCUUUCUGUAAUCCAGGAUGCUGGACUCAGUGGUUUGACAGAGACAAUCCCAGUGGAACUGGAGACUGGGAAACACUGUCCAGUCUUCUUAAAGCGAAUCCAGGAAAGAUCUGCACUCAGCCAAUAGGUGUUGAGGCCAAAACUCUAUCUGGACUCACUGCAGCUGCAGCAGGGGAUGUGAUUUUUAAGUGAGUACUGAACGAU